AAACCGACAAUCAACUAUCUGCAGUUAGCAAAUACAGGCUAGCUGCCCGGUCAUACAGACGGGAAUAUGGUGUCCACUGCUGUGCUCUUUCUGUUAACUGUCGGCUGUGUCUGUGGGAAAGCUGCAGCAGAAAGGGAACUUGUAUAUGUGACUGUGCUGUUUCGGCAUGGUGACAGGUCACCGGUCAAAGCAUUUCCCACAGACCCACACCAAGAGAGCGACUGGCCUCAAGGCUUUGGGCAGCUAUCACAGGAGGGGAUGAGGCAGCACUUUGAGCUGGGCCAGUAUCUGCGGAAGCGAUACAAAGGAUUCCUUAAUGACACCUAUAAAAGACAAGAGAUCUCAGUUCGCAGUACAGACGUCGAUCGCACCCUGAUGAGCGCCGAGGCCAACCUCGCAGGUCUCUACCCCCCCACUGGUCAGCAGGUCUUUGACCCAAACUUGAAGUGGCAGCCCAUACCUGUACACACUGUGCCACAAAGUGAAGAGAGGCUUCUCUCUUUUCCUCUUGGAGACUGUCCUCGCUACAAACAGCUGAUGAAUGAAACUGAACACACACCUGAAUUUAUUAAUGUCACCACCACAUACAAGGAUAUUAUAGAGCUGGUGAGGAAUAAAACAGGACUGAAUAAGACCAAUGUGGAGUCAGUCUGGAGCGUGUAUGACACCCUCUUCUGUGAGUCCCGGCACAACAUGUCUGCUCCUGACUGGGUUACUCCUGAUGUUAUGGAGAAGCUCAGAGUGCUUAAAGACUUUGGAUUUCAGGUCAUAUUCGGGUUCUACAAACAACAAGAAAAGAGCCGGCUGCAGGGAGGUAUCUUGUUGGGUGAAAUAGUGAAGAAUCUUUCCAAGAUGGCCGUCCCAGACCCAAAACCGAGACUGAAAAUGAUGAUGCUGUCAGCGCAUGAUACCACUGUAGCCGCUCUUCAGGCCAGCUUGAAUGUGUUCAAUGGAAGACAGCCACCAUAUGCCUCCUGUCAAAUACUUGAGCUGUACAGGGAUGACAAUGGCUCUUUUUCGGUGUCGAUGUUUUACCGAAACGACAGCACAGUGGAGCCCUACCAUCUGCAGUUACCAGGCUGCUCCCUUGACUGCCCCCUAGACAAGUUUGUGAGAAUUACAAAGCUCUCUAUUUCAGAAGACCGGGACAAAGAGUGUGAAGUGCCCUCGGAAGGGAGCAAUGAAGAAGUGAUCAUCAGUCUGGCGGUGUCCAGCUUUCUGCUCCUCCUCCUCAUCGCCCUCCUCCUCUGUGUUAUUUGUUGGAAGACGAAGCCAAACAGCAGCCGGGGAUACCACCAUGUGGUCAACCAGGAGGUCGGAGAGGAAUCCUGACAGAAGCAUAAACUCCUCUCUCGGAGAUCUACUAACCUCGCGUCUUGGGACAGCAGCGAUGACGAUGAACUUUAAACUUCUGAGUUACCAUUUGUGAUAGUUUCAACACAUUAGGUUCAGGGACCCACAACCAUAAGAGUCAGAAUGACCCUGUUUCUUUUAGGUCAGAAGGAAAAUUUAAGCUUUUUAAAGAUUUAAACUUAAGGUUUUAGAGAAGCCCAGCUUUUUCACCAUCACUCUGAACUAACAUGAUUAGUGAUGUUAGUUAUUAGUGAUGAUUGAGACAUUGUUGGAGAGACCAGGACUGGUUUCUACACCAAGAACACACAGCAGGGAAAACAUUUUUAUUAUAUCUAAAGUGUUCCAAUGUGGUCUGAUCUGCAAUCAGCCAAAUAGGUUCACGAUUUCAACAAAUAGUAGCCUGAUUUUUCUGCUUGGAAAGACACUGUCCACUGUUCAGUCUGGUUUUUGUUGAAAUUGUCAACCAAAAUCAGAUUUGAAUAGCUGCAGAAAAGUUCAGCGACACAAAGUUGAGAUUUUAAAUAAUAAAAUAAUGGUAGGUAUUGUGAUGGAAAAUGGUGAGUUCUAGUUUUAGUGUUUUGCAACAUGUAUGACCUCCUGGCAGGUCUGAUUUUCUUUUUAAAAAAUAUAGCACAUACUAUAUUUUACCUGAUUAGAAACAUCUAUGAUGCUGACAGGAUUAAAACUUAAGUGGCUAAAUUGUUUUAAUACUGAAUCUCCGUCCAGAGUGUUUCUAGAACUGUUUCCGCAGGUUCUUCAUGUAAUCGGAUUACUUUUUUUAAUUGGCAAGAACACAUUAGUUUUGUGUCUGUGUGUAUUAUUGCAAAUUCAUGUGCCAGUUUGUGCGUGCACAGAUCUGUGAGGUCUAAUGACAGAGGUGCCUUAAAUAUUUUUAAUUGGGAUUUUUUUUUUUCUGCUCUAAUGGAUAUCACACAUUUUUGUUGGUGUUCAAGUUUUUGAUGUAAACUGAAAACACCCUUAUAAAAAGUUGUGCUUGGUUUAUCAACGGAACAGUGGGGCGGGUGCUUUGGGAAAUUUGGGAAACUGUCAUUCACCCAGAGAGGGAGCUGACCUCGACAGCAAGCAUCCACCCCCAUGUAUCCUUUAACAUGACUGAGCUGAGCCUCACCUUUAAGGGAAACCAAGCAAAAUAGUCAACAAGAAUCAAAGUAGUUUGUGAUAUAUGAAUCAGCUUCUUACAAAUAAAACUUACAGCAUCCUUUUAAGAUGUUUUUAAUGUGAAUAUGUUUGCAAUUUGGAAAAACUGAAGCUAUUUACAUUUGUGUGUUUUUAAAUCUGGCUGCUUUUAUUUAUUUUUUUUUAACAGCUUUGACUGAUUUGAAAAAUAAGAACCCACCAUCUUUUUAAAUGCAGGACAGAAACAUAAUGCUUUUCCUUACGCAAUAUCAUGAAAAACCAAAAACGGUGAACCUAAAACCUUCAGCGCAUGCAGUUUUAGAAAAAGCUGCGGUUUUAUACAAAUGGAACUGAACGUUUCUUUUUUUGCCUUGGGUGAAGAAAAUCCAAUAUAUUACAAAUAGGUAUGAAAGAUUCUGGACUUUGACAUAAUAAUUGCUGGAUAAUUCAAAACGCUUGUCACACUCACUAUAGUCAACAUAAUUAAAAUUAUUUGUAUGUAUUGUUUAGCCCCACUUGAAAUUUUUGUUCAUGCUGUGAAAUGAUUGAUCAGACUUUGAGAAUGUGUUGCUCAUACUUUUUUCUUUUUGAAAAAUACAUGAUCAGUCAUUGCGAAUGUUGCAUGUAGAUAAUAAUAUGCUUAGCAGAUGAUUGUCAGAGAAAACCCCCACUCAGGAAUGCAAAGCUACUAGUGUGGCAGCACCAAUCAAAUCUGUCCUCAGUGAAACCUGCUUUUACUGUUUUGUCACAGUGAGAACGUUGGGUGCUUGAAACCCCGUAUAUCUGCUCACAGGUCAAGCUCAACAUUUUUACACAUAAAACUAAAUUAUUUUAAUACACUUAAACCAUGUAAUAUCAAAUGAUUUGUCAUGUUUCAAAUGUGUGUCUGAAAACAAAUUAAAUAUCUACAAGUUGGCAAAUUUA